AAUGAGAAAAAUAGUGUUGCUAUCUCAAAUUGUACGACCCGCAUUAUCUUCUGCUCGCUUCGUUCACACAUCAACUCCUUUAAGUUGGCAAAAAUUUGAGAACGAACGACAUUUUGAGCCUGGAGAAGAUGUAAUGAAGAGAGUAUGGCACGGACUAUCGUAUGAUUUCAGAAGAUGGAAAAGGAGGUUUCAAGAGGCGAGAAAAGAUGCGUUUAAACGUAGACACCCCAUCGCUCAUAUGAAACAUGGAACACUGGACAAUGAAGUAUUUCCAUAUAGAGCUGAAAUUGUGAUUAUUGGAGGUGGACUAUCUGGAUCAUCUACAGCUUUCUGGCUCAAAGAGCGAUUCCGAGACGAAGACUUCAAGGUAGUAGUUGUAGAAAACAACGAUGUCUUCACGAAAAGCAGCACAAUGCUCUCAACUGGUGGCAUCACGCAACAAUUUUCCAUUCCAGAAUUCGUCGAUAUGAGCCUAUUCACAACCGAAUUUCUUAGGCAUGCUGGAGAGCAUUUACGAAUUCUCGAUUCGGAACAACCCGAUAUUAAUUUCUUUCCAACCGGAUAUUUGAGAUUAGCAAAAACAGACGAAGAAGUGGAAAUGAUGCGAUCUGCUUGGAAAGUUCAAAUUGAAAGAGGAGCAAAAGUUCAAUUGUUAUCAAAAGAUGAACUCACAAAGAGAUAUCCGUACAUGAAUGUAGAUGAUGUUCUUCUUGCAAGUUUAGGAGUUGAAAAUGAGGGAACAAUUGAUACCUGGCAAUUAUUAUCAGCUAUUCGAGAGAAAAAUAUCACAUUGGGAGUUCAAUAUGUGAAAGGAGAAGUGGAAGGAUUUCAAUUUGAACGUCAUCGUGCUAGUUCAGAGGUUCAUGCAUUCGGAGACGACGCGACAGCAGAUGAAAAUAAACUGAGAGCACAGCGAAUUUCUGGAGUUCUUGUUCGUCCACAAAUGAAUGAUGCAUCUGCUCGUCCCAUCAGAGCUCAUUUGAUUGUAAAUGCUGCAGGGCCAUGGGCUGGACAAGUGGCGAAAAUGGCUGGAAUUGGCAAGGGCACUGGUCUUCUGGCAGUUCCUGUUCCGAUUCAACCACGAAAACGUGAUGUUUUCGUUAUAUUUGCCCCAGAUGUACCUUCAGAUCUUCCCUUCAUUAUCGAUCCAUCCACUGGUGUAUUCUGUCGUCAAACAGAUAGUGGACAAACAUUUUUAGUCGGAAGAACACCUUCAAAAGAAGAAGAUGCCAAGCGAGAUCAUAGUAAUUUGGAUGUCGACUAUGAUGACUUUUAUCAAAAGAUUUGGCCUGUUUUAGUGGAUCGUGUACCUGGAUUUCAAACUGCAAAGGUCAAAAGUGCAUGGAGCGGUUAUCAGGACAUCAACACUUUUGAUGAUGCUCCAGUGAUUGGAGAGCAUCCUCUCUACACAAAUCUUCACAUGAUGUGCGGAUUUGGAGAAAGAGGCGUAAUGCACUCAAUGGCUGCCGCUCGUGCUUACGCAGAACGAAUCUUCGACGGUGCCUACAUCAACGUAAAUCUUCGAAAGUUCGAUAUGCGGCGGAUUGUGAAAAUGGAUCCAAUCACCGAGCCUUGUCGACUUUAAACAUUUUCUUUGACGAUUUUCCAGUGUUCUUUUUUAUAUUGCCAACGGGUGAUUUUUUGUUGUAAACUUAGAUUUUAUAGAGUUCUAGAUAUGUUUAUUGUUUGACUUGUUGAAAUUCAGAAUUUUUAGGAUUUUUCACAGGAGUGAUCAAUAAACGUUUU